UGUCAUCUGUCACAGCUCCCAUCCCUUGGUGGCACUGCUGGCUCAGCCCUCCUGCGGAGGGAUAUCCAGGAGCUUCUCCCCGAUCCUCCCCAUUUCCUUGAAUGAAUUGCUUUCCAACUGAAGCUUCAUGCAGGAGGCUUCAUGUUAGCAUCCAGAGUACAUGUCCCAAGUAUGCCCAGCCCCAUCUUCUGAUCCUAGUGCAGACCAGCUCCCGACAGAUGACAGUAGCUGCCCUCCUUCAAUACUGAGGAAAAGGCCACCCGUGGACCAGGCUGUGGGGGAAAAGAGGAAAGCAGAGAGAAGGGUUCGAUUUCGUGAGCCAGAAGAAGUCAUUGAACAUGUUAUUUCCUGCUGUGACUACGUAGUGGUACAUGACAGGUCAUCACCUGGAUUGCCUAUGCUCCUGGGGCUAUCAUUCUGUGUGGUACUGAUCCUGGCUGCAAGUCUCUUCUACGCCAGCAUGAAACAAGAUACCAAAGUCCUGGAGGAGUUUCAAUCCCGACUUGUUAUCUUCUUUCUUCAGAUAAGACACAUCGCUCAUAAAUGCUGGACUUGGUUUACAAGGUAGUAGCGAUGUCCUCCAUUUGCAGGAAGGCAGCACUGAUAACCACCACGUGUCAGAGUGAAUGUCCCAGCCCACAUUUAAGGAACACAUGAGCAUUCACCUCGAAGAACAAAAAAAAAAAAAACCACCCAUUUUGUGCACUUUCUAGUACCUACUUUUUUUUUUUUUUUUUAAUAUUUCUGAAUGAUAGUAGUAGCACUAAGAGGUCCCACCAAACUGAUGCUCCAUUAUCCUUAACAGCAAACGAGGGUCUGAAUUUUGUCCCCCAAAGAGAUUAUGAACUGCUGCUAUGAGGAGCAAGGCCAGAGAGAAAUUUAUUGACCUGUGCAUGCAGAAGCACAUUGAAAGAAGUCUCCUGAGUCUCAGGUCAAAGAAUUAAAUACCAAACCAUUUUUCUCCUCAAGCUUCCUAAUAACUAGUCUGCAAAAUUUAACAUAAAGCUGAACUACUGCACAAACACUGCUCUGGUGGCCAAAGUCUUGGCAAGCUGCUAUAUUUAUAUACCUGAAAUGAUUGCUAGUAAAAUAUCAGCAAAUGGUUUUCUCAUUUCCCUUUAUGCUCCCUCCCCCCCAUGGGCAAAAGCAGUUUUUUAAUGUUUCACUUGACUCCCAGGUGUGAAAAAUAACAUGAAAACUCAUUUAAAUACUAAACAGUGCAAUUGCCUUAACACAAUACAGAGCAGCAUUGAAUCCCAGGUUAAUUACCAAAUCAGAACUUAAUCCUCUAGGUUUGAUUCAGUUCAUAAACCCAAAAUUUAUGGUUGUGUUUGUCUUCAGUGGAAGCUUUCACAUUUAUGCCUGCAUGUUUAAGGGUAUUAUAGACUGUUCAUGAAGGUGUUUGGUCAAAGCCCUGUUAUCCUCUGUUGUAGUACCAUACAGUGCAUCUCUCUGGAGGGAACCAAGCAUAUGCAAUCUUACGAGCUUCAGCUAUGUUUUGUUCUUAGAAUCACAGAAUUGCUUAGGUUGGAAAAGACCUUCAAGAUGAAGUCAACCAUAGACAAAAACAGCAUGAUUCAUCUUCCAGGCCCUAGGUUCUUGUCAAGUAAUACUUGAUACGUGUAUAAGGGUGACGGUGACAGCAGAGCCCAUAAAAGCUGAAGAAAAGAAAGAAAACUGUGGAGAAGAGGGAAGAGAUGCCCACAAGACCUUGGCUUUAACUCCUCCACCACAGUAAUGCACCAAAAAAAAAAAAAAAAAGAGCUUUAUUCCUAAUUGACUUUCAAAAAAAAAAAAAAAAAGCAAGCUUAUCCAGGCAGACCAAAAAUUUAAACCAGACAGAAGGUAGAAGAAAACUAAUUACAGAGCCUUCACCUAGAGCAGAGUGGCAAGUUGACAAAUAACGAGUACAAAAAAAAAAUAUAUAUUUGUAGCUAUUAAGAACUGACUUGAGCAGAUAUUCUCAUGCUGUGAAGGCAGAAGCAAUUGCACCUUGGGAGCUGCUGGUCUGGAACACAGAGGGCACUGCAGAAGCAUUUGGCUCAGUGACUCUUUAUGCAGAAGACUCAUGCACCCCAGCUCACAGGGUAAGUCCCCUGCGGCUUCCCUGUCUUCUCUCCACUCACCCCACUAUUGGGAUAAUAAAGAAGCAGCUUUAAACUUGUGUUCUGGUGAAUCUAUGGUGGGAAAGCUUUUCCUGAAGAGUCAGUUCCUACACUGCAAGCUGUGGUAUAUUGCAAUAUAGAAAGGCAAGGUCUGGCUUGACAGGAGCUGGGUCACUUUGAGAAGGAGAACAGUACCACAAACCUCUUGUGUGCUUUCACCUGGUUUCAGUAACUUGAAAAGAAACCAAAGGGAUAAAAUUAACCAGGAACUCUUUUUAGGACUGAAAGAGAUGAUAGGAAAUUCAUAUGCAUGUUUAUAUGCAUGGGGCCGACCUUCUUCUAGCCAUGCUUGAGGUGGAAAAUAACUGCUGACCUCGCUGUGUCCAAGUUUAUCAGUGUGAGAGGCCUACCCUGAGAAUGGCUAUCACAUCCAGGUUGUCAAGGGAAAUUAAGCAGGGGAACAGCUAUUCCUAGCUCUGGCUGGUACAGCUUUAGGUACAGGCAAUAUCAGCACUUGAGUUGCCUGCAGCCUCCCAAAGUUUUUGGGAAGCUUCCUGGGCCAGGAUUCUUUGCUGCAAUCCAGUCAGGUAUUUGGCAAAAUGCAGAGAGCCAAAAGAAUGCAUUGUAGAGUACCACCAAAGAGCCAGAAACAAAAGCUAAAAUCUGUCCCUGGGAGAGCAGUGACCUUUUACAGCUGAAGAAUCUGCAGCUGAGAAAGCCAGUGCCUCUGUGCAAGUGAAUGAAAAAAGUCAAUAGCCAGAAUGGAAAUAGAAGUAAAAAUCAUGACCUCUGGGCCUGCCUUUAAUUACCAGUGCACAACUCCACUGUAGACUUACCUGUUUUAUUUUCUCCUCACAGUGAAGCACUUGUCCCCUCCAACCAUUAAACACUCAGCACCCUUCUCACGCUCUGCUCUUUAUCCAUCACACAUCUGUGCACACUGCUGUGAGCUGGAUAGGAUUUCUCCUUGCUCUUGCUCAACACUGCUUUCUUAGGUGUGACACCUUGGUGGGUUUGAAGGAGAUGACCUCUGAAUUUAUACAGAUAGGGUUGUGUUGGUUACUGUUUCCCUGGCAGGCUGUGCUGGGUAAUGUUUUCCUCCAGUAUGACUCCUGAGAAUUGCUUUAUAAAGUGGAAAACAAAAGGAGAGGGACUACACAGUUUGUAAUAAAUAAUCAGAAGUGUUCACAUGAAUUCACUGUGGUGCCAACAUGAAGACUAACUAAAAGCCAGCUAUCUGAGCAAUUGUCUAGUCUAGCUUGGAAAUGUCUUUUUUUUUUUUUGCCUCAAAUUGCAGAGAGGAGGGACAGACUUUCACAGCAAGUUUUGAAGAAGGCUGCAAGAAAGCAAGCUUGCCAUGAGCAGUGUCUGGAUUGGCAAGAAUCCAAGGGACAGAAGAGAGCACAGAGUUCUGUGUAUGAAAACAGGCCUAAGGGCAGAAGUGCUCCCUAUUAUCCCCUAUGCAAUGGGAGUUAAAUUCAUGCAUAGCAGGAAUCAGCAGAAGGUAGUGUUGUUUUGACAGUGUGCAGCGCAUUCCUGCAGCAAAAACAGAAGGCAGCUGCCAGCACCCUCUUCAGGCAGACUCACCCCAUCAGCACCACCUGAUUGCGCUAGCUGGCAUAGCCAUACCCACAUGAUUACAAGGAGGUAGAAAAGCACAUAGUGAGAUGACACUCGAUUUUUUUUUUUUUUUUUUUUUGGCAUUAACCUCUAACACACUUCGCAUUCAUAUUUACAGCCCCAAAGCCUGCUCCUAGUUCUACUCUAUUACUUCACCUCUCCAGCACUGAGUCUGGAAACAAGGAGCGCAAGCAGUCUGUGGCAGCAUUUUUAGUUGUUUCUGCCUUUCACCACUUCAAAGUAAGCAGAAGGUCAACAGCAUGUGACUACAAAAAAAAAAAAAAAAAAGCUACCCUAAGAAAUAACUGAGGAGCCACCAAGAUAAUGGAGUGGACUCCUUUCUCUAUUUCUUUCUCCACAGUGGCUGUUGGGAUUAUUUAGUCUCACUUCUGGAAAGAAAGGCUGCUGUUACAGGAAUUAGUCAGUUGACAAUUAGAAAAUGACCCCCCCCCCCCACGCAACCUGCAGUAGCCCUGUACUCUUGUUAACAAGCUGACUUUCAGCAACACCCUGACACUGGAUUAUCUUCUCCUUGCUUUCUAUAGCAUUAGAGUUCACUGCUGGAAGAUGGUGGAAGGGCUCAGUUUAGGAGAUUGGUCACGUCCUUGACCAUGGGAGCUGCAGCAAGGAGAUUCCAGGGAAUGAGUGCACUAACCAGGGUGCCUCCAUAUUAUUAUUAUUUUUUUUUUUUUUAAACAAAUUUCAAUUCACCUUCAAAAAAAAAAAAAACAGGCACAGAAAUACUAACUUUUCAAAUAGUUUAUUUGUAUAUAUCAACAAAUCAUAAAAAGCCAAUGCACUGUCCAGCAAAAAGCAUCAAUAUAUAAAACACACUUGCUAUCAGUUAUACUUGAGUACACCACUUACACUGAACCCAGUCCAGCUCCCUACUAAAGCCAAAGGAAACACUGUCAAUGACUCCAUUAGCAAAAGGAUUGGACUUUCAAUUUCUAUUUGCCAGGUGUUUACAAAUGCUUGCAUUAAAAUUAUACUAGUAUAAAGUUCCCCCUUUGAGACUGCAUCAAAACAACAAUAAAUUUAACUCCAAUUCUGUUUCUGUCAAAUGCAUGCAAUUAAUGUUCCAAAUCAGCACUCAUUACACUGCAGAAGAGCAUACAAAGCAUGAAAAACAAUAUUCAAAACAGAGCGAGCUCUACCCUCAGCUUGUGUGGACUGGCAUGGCUCCAACAAGGCUUACAAAGCUAAGCUGCAUACACCAGCUAAAGAUCUGUCCCAAUCCUACUUUCAGCAGUUAAACAAAUCGUCAAAAUCUGGAGACCUCAAAAACAAAUUAUGAAAACCUGAGUGUUCCGAGCUGAGGCUGAAUCUGGAAUUAGCACUGCCAGCCCAGGCUCUGCUGCACUGGAUCCCUCACGUCACAACCUGAAUGCCGAAGUCCCUCACAGGAAGAAUACUAACAGUUCUCAUUAUCUAUUUUUAUUCUGACUUACAGUACUCUACCCCCUUUAGCUGUCCUUGUUCCUGAUAGGAAGAGAUACGAGAAACAAGGCCUGAUUAGCCUGGUGGCAAUAAAACUCUAAUGUUUCCAAGAAUGUUUUUAGAGAAGAAAGGAUUCAUGGGAAGGAGAUGUCAGUGGAACUAGAUUAUUAUUUUUCUUUGUAAACCUGCAAAAACCUCUUAGCAGCACACUUUAGAUCAUGAUAUAUUCAUUUCUCAAGAAAGCUGAAGAAGAGCAGUAGUUGUAUUCAGGGAGCAUUUGAGAAAAAUCUCUAGUGGCACCAAUUUACUGUCGAUGUGGUCCCACUGCAGUAGUCUUGUAGUCAUUCACCUAAGAACUGCUUACAUCUGCUAAAAAACAUUCAUUUGAGGAGACUGUCAGCAUCUUUAGAAACCAAAUGGUGACCACACUGAACAAUGAGGGUUUAAAUUAUUGCAGUGGUUAAUCAACAUCAAGAUCCAGUGUGCUACAGGAGGAUGUGCUGUAUCUCAGACACAAACUGUUGCACUUUGCAGUGUUAAACAAGAAAAAAAAUAAUUCCUUCUGCUGUGGGACUGAAUGAGUGAAGUGCUCUGUUCUGUGUUAUGUGGUAUACCAUGACAGGAUUUUCAAACAUCUCCCUGCUGUAAAAUCUAUGGAUUAUCAUCCCACUCAUCUGAUUCCACCAGGUUGCUUAAGGGAAUGCUGGCACCAAUCUUGGUAAUCUUUUAGAGCAACGUGUCAGCCAAAUCAGGCCUGGCUUGUGUAAAAGGAAGGGCUUGGCACCAAACCUUGAGGAUUCCAAAUGAGAAUAGCAAAAAGCUGAAGUGCUUUUAUUUCUCUAACAAAUGGAAAAGUCUGCCAUAGGAGCUGCAAUUUCUCUUACAUUCAUAAAUAGUGUUCAGAAGCUGUACACAAACUGGAGUCAAACAUGCACAAAUCUGGGGGGAAAGGAGUGGAAAAUAACUUUCACCACAAGGUCAUAUAUCCACUUAUGCAAGAAAUCAUCCAAGAAGUCAACAGCAAUGAUGGAUCUUCAUUCCUACCUCCUGGCAGGGCAUCUCCACCCUCUCUUUACACCAUAGACAGGUGGAAAAGAGGAACAAAAAUACCUCACAUUGUGUUCCCAUCAUAAACAAGUAAUUCAAGCUAUUUUGGCGAAUUGCUCUUGCUGCCAGGUACUUUAUCUCCUUGAUAAACACCAUCACCACUAAAGUGUCAUUUUCUAUGACUUUCAAACCAGGCAGAAAAGUUCUAACAGGAAGACUCCCCAGGCAGUAGGGAAGCUAAAGGUUCCUUGCAGCUCCUUGCUCAUGGGGACUGCUGGCAAUGACUGCUACAGCCCUUCUAAUACUUGCUCAGUACUAUCUGCCAUCUCUAUGAAAUACAAUAUUAGAAGUAACAUAUAAACUCCCACAUCUAAAGAACCACCAUCGCUGGCUGUUUUUGGUGAAAUAAUAAAUAAGCAUUAUUUGACUAAUCUAAACAGCUAAUCUCACUGCCUUUGGGUUUCUAUGUCCAUUUUUUAGGAACAAGGAACUGAAUUUAAAAAUCCAAGGAAGUUAAGAGUUAAGUCCUAAAUCGUUAUGCUUUCUGUGAAAAUAGGAUUUAAGCUUUUACAGAUAUUGCAUGUAACAGCCAAAAGAACUGAAUACCACUUCAAGCAACUAUAGCAGGUAUGAGAGGUAGAAAGGUUUAAGCACUCAGGUGAAUACAUUCACAUUAAGCUAUGUUUGCAGUAUCAGUUCAAUUCUACUCUUUGGCAUGGACUACAGAAACAACAAAACAAAGUGUGGUUAUAUAAAUACUGCUCCAGUAACAGAAUGGAAAAAUGCUAUCAUUUACAUCCCUGCCUUGAAAUAAGCAGUACUAGCUAUAUAUUAAGUAAACUGCUGUCUAACCUCUCAGAAAAAAAAAAAAAAGCAACAACAUUUAGAGAGUACAGUUGCUUUCUUCCCUUUUUAUGCCAAGAGUGCAUCAAAGUGCUGCAUUUUGUAAAGCUGUUAUAUUCAGAAAUUGAGUGGAAGGCUGUCACUUCAAAAAAAAAAAAAAAAAAAAAGAAGAA